CCCACGAAGUUUAUGCCCGACAGAUUCUUUAGAAGCUCGACGGACAUCAAGGGCCAGCAUUUCGAGCUCAUACCAUUUGGGAUGCCACAGUUGAUACUGUCAGUCAUGGUUUUGAUUGGAGCGGAAGGCAUAUACUCUUUGCUACUCAAGACUCCUUUGGAGGUGAUGGCAAUUCCAAGGCACUCCUUGGAUGUGUCCGGGAUACUCGGACGAUCGCGCAAGGGAGCAAAACUACUUUGCCAGUCUUCUCAAAGCUUGCACAGGCUCAAGAAAUCUCCAGCAAGGCAGGCAAAUUCAUGCUCGAAUUCUAGAGCUUCCAUCUCUCGGCUCUGAUCUCUACCUUUGCAACCUCCUCGUUCUCAUGUAUGGAAGGUGUGGCAGCAUUGCAGAUGCCCAGGCGGUGUUUGAGUCCAUCGCUAAUCCCAAUGAUUUCUCCUGGAACAUCUUGUUUGGUGUAUAUGCCCACAAUGGGCGUUUGCAGCAAGCCAAGAACACCUUCGAUAGAAUGCCAAAUCCAAAUGUGGUCUCUUUCAAUUCCAUGGCCGCGGCAUACGCCCAAAACGGCGAGCUAGAUCGAGCCAAAGAGAUGUUCGAUGCAACGCCUCGAAAGGACACUGCCUCUUGGAAUGGAUUGAUGCAUGCCUUCUCUCAGGCUGGACAGGUCGACGCUGCGAGAGAGAUUUUUGACACCAUGCCUCACAAAGACGUCGUGUCGUGGUCGUGUGUUAUCUCAGCAUAUGCCCAAGCCGGGCAUCUUGAAGAAGCCGAGUCCUUGUUUUUGAGAAUGCCAGAUCCAAAUGUGAUAACUUUCAACGCUAUGAUAGUCGCGUAUUCACAAACUGCAUUGUUCGAUCGUGCGAAAAGUUUGUUUGAUUCAAUGCCGGAGCGGGAUUUGGUGACAUGGGCAACGUUGCUCUCCACAUAUGCCCAAAAGAAAGACCUCCAAAACGCGGAGUUCUUGUUCAAAAGCAUGCCGAGACACGACAUUCUGUCAAUGAACGUAAUGAUAAAUGUUUACGUUCUUAAUGGCCAACUUGAGAAGUCCAUCUCUACUUUUAAGUCUAUGCGCUACAAAGAUGUUGUUUCAUGGACGUCUGCUCUUUCCGCAUAUGCCCAAGCAGGUCAUGUUGGCGACGCAAAGUUGCUCUUUGACAAGAUGCCGGAAUGGAACGUUGUUUCGUGCACGACCUUAAUCUCCCUGUUUGCGCUCAAACAAAGGCUAGAAGAAGCCACAGUGUUGCUUGACUCAAUGCCUGAGCACGACGUAAUUGUCUGGAACGCAAUUUGUGCAGCAUAUGCCAACAAUGGGUAUCUUGAGGAAUCAAAGAAGGUGUUUGAUUCCAUGCCAUACAAGAACUUGGAAUCCCUCCACGCACUGAUGGCCGCUUACGUCCACAACAUGAAACUCAACGAGGCUAGACAGCUCCUCGAUUCCAUGCCAGUCCGAGAUAUAGUCUCCUGGAACACUCUCGUCGCUGCUUAUGCCCAAAACGGUCAAAUGGAUCGAGCAAGCGGGCUCUUUCGAGUUCUCCCUCAGACCGACGUGGGAACCUGGAGUUCUAUGAUCGCUGGGCAUGCAAAGGCUGGCCAUGGCGAGAAGGCCGUCCAAGUUUUGAGUGAGAUGGUCAUGGAAGCCAUAGCACCCGACGAGCUAACUUUCGCGAGCGUUUUAGCAGCUUGCAGCCAUGGAGGGCUGCUCGAGCAAGGCACACGCUACUUCCUUUUGAUGAGCUCGGACCUCGGGAUCAAGCCGCUGGUGGAGCACUUCUCGGCGAUGGUGGACAUUUACAGCCGAGUCGGGCUGCUCAAGUUUGCCGAGGAGCUGAUUGAGACGAUGCCGUUUGUGCCGCAGCCGGAGACUUAUCGAGCUCUGAUGAGUGCCUGCGAGACCCAGAAGAAUUCGUCGCUGGGGUCUCGAGCUGCCGAAAAGGUUGUUGCUUUGGAUCCUGCUAAGUCGACAUCGUAUAUAAUGCUUUCGAAUAUGUACAGGGACAAACUUACUAGUUAGUAGACCUGCGCA